GCCAAACACAUCACAAAAGCGCUGUGCUUGAGCUGCCGCUGCAGCUGCCGUUGUUCAACACACAACCAAUUUGUGCAAAAUUACGAAUUUUUUAUUUUAAUCUUUUGUUUUUGUGAUAGUAGACAGUGUGAUAGAUUGUGUCUAGUUUGAGUGCCAUGUUGCUUUCGUUAUUGUUGUCAAUGUGCAAAGAAUAAACCAUAAGCAGUUUUGGCAGCUGCAGCACAAAUAAAAUAAAAAAUUAAAGCAUACUGCAAGCUGCAUUUUUUGAGACGGCCUUUUUAGACUUUCACAAUGACUCCAUUUGAUGAUUUUGUCUAUUUAAUUAAUCACGUGCUGCUUGGCGAGGAGCCGACCAUUGAGGAUUUCAUAUUGCUUGUGGGCACACUGGUGGCAUUUAUAGCUUUCAUACUCUGGUGCUGUUUUCCCAUACAGCCAAAGGAGCCCGGUCAACAUCGUCAGUUCACGUGCAAAAUCAUCCAGAAUCAUAUAAAGGCAUUCGAUGCUGCCACAAGCACCGAUAAUGACAACGACAAUGGCACUGCUGCAACUGCAACCAAUUGUGGCAGCAACAGUAACAGCAACAACAACAGUGGCAACAACAGCGGCAAUAAUGUUGCUGCUGCUAACGGCAACAUUGCAAAUGGCAGCAACGGCAAUAACCUGAGCAACAACAGCAACAACAGUCAAUAUAACGGUAGCUAUAGCAAAAACGGUACAGUUGCCAUGCACAAUUAUUACGUUAAGAACGGACAUCAUUGCUGCACCUAAUAAAAAGAACAGGAUUGAAGACAGACAGCCAAGGCUUCAAGCCAAAAUAAAUGAGAAAGAAAAUAGAAAAACAAUUGCAAGCUUGCAACAAGAUGAUUGCCACAAUAACAGCAGCGACAACAACAUCAAUGUCAACUGUCGCCUAAUAGCUUUGUAUAGUUAAAAUUUAAUUUAUUAUUACAUACCUUGUACUAUUUUUUUUUUUUUUAUUAUUUAAGUUGAAAUACUUUGCUUAGUUGUUUGUUCUAUGAAUGUCAUAAUAAUUGUGCCAAUUUGUUGUUCCAAGCGCUGCUAAAAGCUUAAAAAAAGCGUUGCGAACAUUUACCACACCCCACCCUACAAACUGAUCCCUCAUUUCCCUACACAACAUUUUAAUGUUAAAUGUAAUUCGCAAGCACAUUUGAAUUGUAAUUGCUCAGACUGAAUUUGUUCAUGGAACAUCCGUGACAUGAAAUGAUAAGAAAUGAAGGAACAUGUGAAGAUUGACAACAAGAAAAGAAUGAAAAAGCAUAAAGUAUGACGCAAAAAGUUUUUAAAACUUCCUUUAUUAUUAGUAUUAUAUAUAUGUAUAUGUAUUGUAUUGCAUUUUGUGGCAAAGAAAAAAGAAAGAAAGAAAAAGUAUACCAAAAUUAUACGAAUAUGUAAAGAAAUAAUAAGACGAAAAGCUUCAACAAGCAAUUAUUUAUAAGUAUUUAUGAUGAGAAAAACUAAUUGCAUAUUUAUACGCAUGUUAAUUUGACAAACAAUCGCUUACAAUCUCCCAUUUUCUUCCUCAUAUCAAAAACAAAACCGACAACAAUUAUAAAGUCGCUCACUUUUUAAAGAGAAAGAGAGAAGUGCAUUCGAUUAUUCAUACAUU